AUGCUCAACAUGAAGGAGAUCAUGGAUGUUGCAACAAAGAUCGCCUGUUCUAUUCGCGCCAGAUCUCUUCAAAGACGGUUAUUUCGUGCACAUCUGGAGAAGGCUGACUGCGACCACUCUGAGUUGUUGCUGCACACUGACGAAGAUGCUGAGGUUGAAUCACUCGCAUCCAAAAUUGCAACACUAUUUCACCUGAACUUUUCUGGAGUGGAAGAGGAGAUUUUGACACUGCAAGCUGACAUUGAGCUGAAGUCCAGAGCUCAUGGACAGUUCUGGAACUUACUCACAGAGGUGAAGUACCCCAACAUCAGGAAAUGUGCUACCUCCUUGACUGCAUUAUUCGGCUCCACUUAUUUAUCAGAGGUCUCAGAGGUCCAGGCUCAGGUCUCAGAGGUCCAGGCUCAGGUCUCAGAGGGCCAGGCUCAGGUCUCAGAGGUCCAGGCUCAGGUCUCAGAGGUCCAGGCUCAGGCUCAGGUCUCAGAGGUCCAGGCUCAGGUCUCAGAGGUCCAGGCUCAGGUCUCAGAGGUCCAGGCUCAGGUCUCAGAGGUCCAAAAGCAGUCCACUCUGUAUGAAGCCGCUGCUCCAACUGUCCGUGAUCUCCAGAAAAACAACUCUCGUCUCAUGCAGGAAAUCGCACAACUGCAGAAACGCUUGUUGGGAGUCGAAGGGUCCAAAGUGGAAUUUCUGAGCAACGGCUCCGAAAAACAUGUGGUGUCCUGCAGGCCUGUGGUCAGUGUGCUCUCUCCUGAAGAUGGGAAACACAGCAUAGUGCAGGCGGCACAGCAGCUCUGUCGCUCUGUGGAAAACAAAGAGAGAAGCCCUAAAGACAUUAGUGUUGCCAUGUUGGACUCUCUGCUCAGAGAGUUCAAAAAUAUUCCGGACCCUGAUCUGGUUCUGAAGCUGGGUCCUGUCGACAGUACUCUGGGCUUCCUCCCGUGGCACAUUAGACUCACAGAGUUCAUGUAA